AUGGCCGGGGAGGACGGAGCCGGAGCCGCCGCCCCCGAGGCUGCGCAACCCCCCGCGGACCCGAGCCCUGGCAGUGGCGGCGGCUACGACGGCAAGUGCGUCUUCUGCAGGAUCGGCCGCCGGGAGGAGCCGGGCACCGCGCUGCUGCCCUGCGAGUCUGAAGGCCUAGUCUGUUUUAGAGAUAUCAGACCUGGGGCCCCACACCAUUAUCUAGUAGUGCCAAUAGAGCAUAUGGGAAACUGCAAGACUCUAAAGAAAGAGCACAUACCACUAGUGGAGAAAAUGAUGGAAGCUGGAAAGAACAUCCUUCAGCAAAAUAAUUUUACUGACUUGAACGAUAUAAGGAUGGGAUUCCACUGGCCUCCAUUCUGCUCAAUAUCCCAUUUACAUCUUCAUGUCCUGGCCCCAGCCAGUCAGCUGGGAUUCUUGUCCAGGAUGAUAUACAGAAUCAAUUCCUAUUGGUUUAUCACGGCGGAACAGCUGAUUGAACGACUGCAGACUGAAAAUGCUGCCAGUUGAAAGCACCUUGCCUAGUUCUGGAUCACAAAUCAAUUUAGAUUUUGUUCUUUGAACUCUGAUUAAGAUUAUACAGUUUGGUGCAACUAUUUGUGAGGUUUUUUUUAAAAAAGGAAAAGCUUGAGUUGAUUGCCUAUUCCUUCAGGGCAAGCAACUUUUGAUUGUCUACCUAAUUCUUAGUGUAUGUGUACUCAAGUUUUCUGAUAAUAGAUGCAAAAUAUUUGAAUGGAAAAUAGAGUAAUAUAUAAAACACUAGUUCUAGUAAAACACAGUAUAAACAGUAAUGGUUUGAAUGUAUUAAAACUGGGAAAAUUUUCAACAGUAACUGUUAAUAGCAUGUACACUGUACCAAGUUGAAUGCUUAAAAGUGGAAUCUAGCUU